UUUAUAUUGAAUAUCCGUGAGGCGCAUCGGUCUGAGUGGACACUGAGGACAGAGUUGAGGACGGACUUCUUAAGUUCGCGAACAGCAGUUUUCGGACAGUGCCAACAAUUACUGAGGAGGCCGCUGGAUGGUCAAAAUGGGUAAAGACUACUACAACAUUUUGGGAAUUCAGAAAGGAGCGUCGGAGGACGACAUUAAGAAAGCUUAUCGUAAGCAGGCUCUGCGCUUUCAUCCCGACAAAAACAAGUCACCGGGAGCCGAGGAGAAGUUCAAAGAGAUAGCUGAAGCAUACGACGUUUUGAGCGACCCGAAGAAAAAGGACAUUUACGACCGUUUUGGUGAAGAAGGUCUCAAAGGCGGAGGCGCACCAGGUGGUGGUGGAGGUCCUGGCAACUUUAGCUACACCUUCCAGGGCGACCCGCAUGUCAUUUUUUCGGAGUUCUUUGGCGGACGCAACCCUUUUGAACAGUUCUUUGGCCGCAAUGGAGGCAUGGAUGAGGACAUGGACACUGACGACCCUUUUGCCCGCUUUGGGAUGGGGGGCAGUGGAAUAGGCGGGUUCCCUCGUUCCUUCAGCUCAGGCAUGGGAGGAAUGGGCCCUCACACUAGCGUUGUCAAGAAGCACCAGGACCCUCCUGUGGUUCGCGAUCUUUAUGUGACCUUGGAGGAAGUUCUGUCGGGUUGCACAAAGAAAAUGAAGAUCUCUCGCAAAAGGUUGAACCCCGGCGGGCAAUCAGUUAGAAUAGAGGAUAAAAUCCUGGAAGUGCAGAUAAAGAAGGGAUGGAAAGAGGGCACGAAAAUCACAUUUCCCAAAGAGGGCGACGAGACUCCCACAGUUAUUCCAGCUGACAUAGUCUUUGUGUUGAAGGACAAGGCACAUCCAGUGUUCAAACGCGACGGCUCGGACAUUGUUUACACAGCAAAGAUUCCACUCAGAGAUGCCUUAUGUGGCUGCACAGUCAACGCACCCACACUGGACGGCAGAUCUGUGACUGUGUCAACAACAGACAUUGUACAGCCAGGGAUGAAGCGACGAGUGAGUGGCGAGGGGCUGCCUUAUCCCAAACGCCCUGAUCGCAGAGGCGACCUAUUAGUGGAGUAUGAGGUCAAGUUCCCAGAACGGCUCAGCCAAAGCGCCCGGGACACCAUCGCUCAGGUCCUCCCGCGAUCUUAAACAAGACCAACAGACAUCUGCCACUUUAGAAACAUGACACUAAGCUGCCAACCAUUGUUUGUGUCAAUCAUCACAUGGACAUUCAUGUGGCGUUACAAAUCACAUCAGACAAUAAGGCACAGACUUUUGAGACAGACUUGUGUACACUGUGUAAAACCCUCCUUGGAGAAGUGCUCAUCAUGAAUGACUGCAGCAUUUCACAGGGUAGAAUGUAAAUAUGACCAAUAUUGUUUGGUGUUUGGGUUACUGAAUAAGAUUAGAUUUUUAUGAAAAGAGCAUAUUGUAAAAUAUAUGUGCACUAUUUUCUGAGAACUGUUUUGUUGGUAUUAAAGGUUCUUCCCUCGGA